AGUAGAAAAAGAUAAAGAAAGGUCUUUCUUUCUAUUCAGGAUACAAUUUCCGGGCAACCUUCCCUACUCUAUCUAUAAUAACUCCAUGAGUUCAUUCAUCACUUUAUUCGAAUCAUUUUUCGCUAUAGGUCCAUGACUUUAACACACUGUAGCGUUCGAUAUACUUCCGAUUAUUUACGUUUUGCCGUUGUGCUUUCGUAAUGGCAGUGACAGUAACAACUUGUAGAAGGUCUCUUGAGAUCAUAAAGGAUAUUUAUUUAAUCAGAUUAUUAUUCAUGCCUCGUCAUCUUCAAAUAUUAGAAAUACUCCGCACUGAUAACGAACGGUAGAUAUCUGAACCUGUUUCAUCGAUUCCGACAAAAUCAAAUUAUUCAGCGCACUUCUUUUGUAAACCGAUCCAGAAGAUGUCGAAUAAAUUCUUAUAUUUUGCGUACGGCAGUAAUAUGUUGACGAAAAGAAUACACAUUAACAAUCCGACUGCAGUACGGAAGGACAUAGGUUUCUUAAAGGAUUACAGGCUUGACUUUUUAAAAUAUUCAAAACGAUGGGGUGGAUGCUCAGCAACAAUUGUCCCAACAGAGAAUUAUGUCGUCUGGGGAGCAGUUUGGGAAUUGGACGAAUGCAAUAUGUACACACUAGAUCAACAAGAAGGAGUAGCGGAUAAAUUAUAUUUCCCUUUGAUGGUCGAUAUAGAAACGCCCGUUGGCAAGAUAUUAAACUGCAGAGUGUACCAGCAAUGCAAAAAUCCAGAUGAGCAUGUUAAGUUAAGCUUACUGCCACAAUGCAGAAGACCUUCGCCACUAUAUUUGGAAACGAUACUGAAAGGUGCAUAUGAAAGUCAGUUACCUGAAGAUUAUAUUAAAUUGUUGGAAACCAUACCGCAUAAUGAUUACGCAGGAGAGUAUGAUAUUUGCCUUCCCUUGAAAGAAGUUUAGACUCGAUGAUCUUACGAUUCUUUAAACGUUUCUGGACGUCUCGCGAAUUCUCCGUCAAGUCAAGAGCCGCCUCGAGUGACAAUUUGUCCAAUUCAUAUUUGGGCACUUUGAUUUUUGUCACUAACGCACUAUUUACCUAUAUUAGUAUACAAUGUAAUUAAUAAAUUGCUCAUAAGACGCAUAAUUACGCUUGUACAAAUUUGUAUAGAAUAUUAAUAAAGUAAUGAAUACUUUAGACUUA